AAAGGACAAAAUGAUAAAUAUCAUGCCAACGCGUUGAUCGGUUUUUAGCUCUUUUCUUCCGAUUUCGUUUUUUCUUUCUUCAUCUCUAAGAUUAAGCACACCUUGGCAUCCAUUUUCGUUUGAAUCUCAACGUUUUUUGCUUGAUUUUAGCUUCUGAGAGAGUCCAGAUCCAAGGAAUUGGAGGAAGAAUAAUGUCGGCAAGGCAUGGGCAAUCGUCGUAUCGAGAUCGGAGUGACGAAUUCUUCAAAAUUGUGGAGACUCUAAGGAGAUCGAUUGCUCCGGCUCCGGCGGCGAAUAAUGUGCCGUAUGGUAAUAAUCGGAACGAUGGUGCGAGAAGAGAGGAUCUUAUCAACAAAUCCGAGUUCAACAAGAGAGCUUCUCAUAUUGGUUUAGCUAUUAAUCAAACGUCGCAGAAGCUAUCGAAGCUUGCGAAACUUGCAAAGAGGACAUCAGUGUUUGAUGAUCCUACUCAGGAGAUACAAGAGCUGACGGUAGUCAUCAAGCAAGAGAUCUCUGCUCUAAAUUCUGCUCUGGUCGACCUUCAAUUGUUCCGCAGUUCUCAGAAUGAUGAAGGGAAUAACUCUAGAGACAGGGACAAAAGUACUCACUCAGCAACUGUUGUUGACGAUCUAAAGUAUCGUUUGAUGGAUACUACCAAAGAGUUUAAGGAUGUUCUUACCAUGAGAACCGAGAAUAUGAAGGUCCAUGAAAGUAGAAGGCAACUCUUCUCUUCAAAUGCUUCAAAAGAAUCAACAAACCCAUUCGUUCGCCAGCGUCCUUUGGCUGCUAAGGCUGCUGCUAGUGAAUCUGUUCCUCUUCCAUGGGCAAAUGGGUCUUCUUCAUCUUCAUCUCAGUUAGUCCCAUGGAAGCCGGGAGAGGGAGAAUCUUCACCAUUGUUGCAGCAGAGUCAACAACAACAGCAACAGCAACAGCAACAAAUGGUCCCAUUGCAAGACACAUAUAUGCAGGGUCGAGCAGAAGCUCUACACACCGUUGAAUCAACAAUCCAUGAGCUAAGCAGUAUCUUCACACAACUAGCAACCAUGGUUUCUCAACAAGGGGAAAUUGCAAUCAGGAUCGAUCAAAACAUGGAAGAUACAUUAGCAAAUGUGGAAGGCGCACAGAGCCAACUGGCCAGGUAUCUCAACAGUAUAUCAUCAAACCGAUGGCUAAUGAUGAAGAUUUUCUUCGUACUCAUUGCAUUUCUCAUGAUUUUCCUCUUCUUCGUGGCAUAAACAUUGAGACUAAAAAUUGAUUUUAAAGAGUUUCAACAUCUAGACAUGGUUCUUUUGUCCUAUCGUAUCUUAUUGACAUGUAAAGACUUAAGAGAAAAAAGGGAUCUUAUGCUCUGUUCAGAUUAAUGGAGAGAUAUAUAAUGUCACUUUCAUGUAAAAUUGCUUUCAAGUUUUCCAAACAAAUUUUUGUGAUUCUGCUUCUCUUUUCAUUACCACUGCCAACCAUUAGGAAUUGUUUCUUAUUCCAUUUGUACUUCAUUUAUUAUGUAAAGACAAAAAAAAUAAUUUCAUUACCGUG